AUGAGAGCUUAUCUCAGAGGUUUGGGAGUAUGGCAGUAUGUUGAGGAAAACAGAGUACCUCCUCUAUUACGUCAAAAUCCAACUCUGAAUCAGAUCCUGCAACAUGAAGAUGAAGUUGUUAAAGCUCUAAAGGCCCUGUCCUACAUCCAUGCAGCUAUAUCAGAUUCUGUUUUCACCAGGAUCAUGGCUUGUGAAUCAGCACAUGAAGCUUGGAUGAAGUUGAAGACUGAAUUUCAAGGGUCUGAUAAAACAAGGCAAAUGCAAGUUUUUAAUUUGCGUAAAGAAUUUGAAUUGUUGAGGAUGAAGGAUACUGAUAAGGUGAAAGAAUAUGCUGAUAGGGUGAUGAAUAUAGUAAAUCAAAUUAGAUUGUUGGGAGAAGAAAUGGAAGAGAAGAGAGUUGUGGAGAAAGUUAUGGUGACUCUCCCUGAUAAAUUUGAAGCAAAGAUUUCUUCACUUGAAGACACUUGGGAUAUGUCUCAGAUUUCUGUAACUGAGCUUUCUAAUGCUGUGCAAGCUGUUGAACAAAGAAAAGCUUACAAAGAAGAAGAAAUUGCAGGGGAGAAAGCACUUGUUGCAGCUCAAAAAUCAAAACCAGGUGAAGGAGGAAUGAAGAACCAGCAAACUGACAAGAAAGACAGGAACAAAAAGAACUAUAAGAGAAAAGGAAAAGAUUUGAUAAGUUUCCACCUUGUCCUCAUUGUCAGAAGACCAAUCACACUGAAAAUUUUUGUUGGUUUUGUCCAGGAGCUUAGUGCAGAAGAUAAGAGUGAUGUUUCGGUUGAAGCUGAAGAUGUAUGGCUUGUUGAUAGUGGUUGUACACAUCACAUGACAGCAGAUUUGAAGAGUUUUAAGGACUUGGACACUAGCUACUCCUCAAAAGUUAGAAUUGGAGAUGGGAGGCUGGUUGAUGUCAAAGGCAAAAGGGCUGUGGCUGUACAAACUUCCUCAGGUAUUAAAGUUAUUUCAGAUGUUCUUUAUGUUCUUGAGAUAAGCCAAAGUUUACUUUCAGUUGGUCAGUUGCUUGAUAAGAAUUACACACUAGUUUUUAAAGAUAGGAAUUGUGAAAUCAGUGAUCCUAUUGGUGUGAAAAAAUUUUUAGUUAAAAUGAAUAAGAGGAGUUUUCCUUUGAAUUGGAAAACCACUGAAUUUGAGUCAUGUCUCAGUCAUGUUGAAGAAACAUUUUUGUGGCAUAAGAGAUUUGGUCACACCAAUCUCAAAACUUUGAAAUUGCUUCAAAGCAAGAAUUUGGUUGUUGAUAUGCCACUUGUGACUGAAAAUGAUAGUGUUUGUGAAGCAUGUCAGUUUGGGAAGUUUAGUCAGGCUCCAUUUCCAGUUGAUCAAGCUUGGAGAGCCUCAACCAAGCUGGAAUUGAUUCAUACUGAUGUUUGUGGUCCAAUUAGCACCUCUUCCUAUGGUGGCAGCAAGUAUUUUCUGUUGUUUAUUGAUGACUUUAGUAGAUAUUGCUGGGUUUAUUUUCUCAAGCAGAAAUCUGAAGUUUUCAGUAAGUUCCAGCAGUUCAAAGCCUUUGUUGAGACUCAAACUGAUUCCAAAAUCAAGAUUUUGAGGUCUGAUAAUGGAACAGAGUAUACUUCCAUUCAGUUUAAGGAGUAUUUGCAGAAGGCUGGCAUCCACCAUCAGCUUACAGUUCCCUACACACCUCAACAAAAUGGUGUGAGUGAGAGGAAGAAUAGAUACUUGAUGAAUAUGGCCAGGUGCCUCUUGUUUGAGAAGAAUUUGCCAAAGGAGUUAUGGGCAGAAGCAGUUAACACUGCUGUGUACUUGCAAAAUAGGUUGUCAACUAAAGCUCUUGAUGGUAAAACUCCAUUUGAAGCUUGGUUUGGAGUGAAACCUUCAGUAGCUCAUCUCAAGGUGUUUGGUAGUAUUUGUUAUUCCUUUAUACCUGAGGCAAAAAGGAGCAAGCUAGAUUCAAAAGCUGAAAAGGGUGUGUUUGUUGGUUAUAGCAGUGAAUCAAAAGGCCAUAGGGUUCUGAAUCCCUUUACUCAUCAAGUUUAUGUAAGUAGAAGCAUCAAAGUUGAUGAAGGGAGUGAAUGGGAUUGGAGUAAAAUGGAACCAGCUGAACUUGCUCAAAAACAACAAACUAAUUUACAAGACCAACAAACUAUUUUUGAAGAUCUCAUCCAGCAAAAUGGAGUUCCAACUGUAGAUGAUGAAGAUUUUGAUAUUGAUGAAUAUGUAGUAAGAGGAACCAGGUCACUGGAUGAAAUUUAUGAGAGAUGCAACAUUGCUUCUGUUGAACCAACUCAGGUUAGUGAAGCUUUGGAAAUUCGUGAGUGGAGAGCUGCAAUGGAGGAGGAGUUGAAGAUGAUUAAAAAGAAUGAGACUUGGACUUUGGUUCCUAGACCAGUAGAUAAACAGGUGAUAGGAACAAAGUGGAUUUUCAAAGUGAAACUGAAUUCAGAUGGCUCCAUCAACAAGUACAAGGCAAGAUUAGUUGUGAAAGGGUAUGCUCAGUUGCAAGGAGUGGAUUAUACUGAAACUUUUGCUCCUGUGGCAAGAUUUGACACAAUCAGGUUGAUUCUUGCAUUAGCAGCUAGUGAAGGCUGGCAAGUGUUUCAACUUGAUGUGAAGUCAGCUUUCUUGAAUGGUUUCUUGGAAGAGCAAGUGUAUAUUGAGCAGCCUGAAGGGUUUAAUGAUGGGAGCAAUCAAGUUUGUUUGUUGAAGAAGGCUCUUUAUGGCCUUAAACAGGCUCCAAGGGCCUGGUAUUCAAGAAUUGAUAGCUACUUGCUGGAUUUGGGUUUUAAAAGAAGCUUGAAUGAAACAACUUUGUAUGUCAAGCAUCAAAGCAAUGAUGUUGUUGUUGUCUCAUUAUAUGUGGAUGAUUUGCUAGUGACAGGUAGCAAUUUAAAGUUGAUUGAAGAAUUCAAAUUUAAGAUGCAGCAAGUUUUUGAGAUGAAUGACCUUGGAAAGAUGUGUUAUUUCCUUGGUAUGGAGAUCUCUCAAUCAGAUAAAGGCUUCUUUGUGUCUCAAAAGAAAUAUGCUUGGGAACUUCUUAAGAAAUUUGAUUUCAGCAAAUGCAAACCAGUAAGCAUACCUGCUACUCAUGGAGAAAAACUGAAGAAAAAUGAUGAUUCUCAACUAGCUGAUGCAUUAAUUUAUAGAAGCAUGAUUGGUUCUUUGCUUUAUCUCUCAAUUACCAGACCUGAUAUCAUGUUUGCUACAAGUAUAUUGUCAAGAUUUAUGAAUUCUCCAUCUGAGAUUCAUCUUGUGGCAGCCAAGAGAGUGUUGAGAUACAUUCGUGGUACUAUUGAUUAUGGCUUGUUUUACAGAAUAUCCACAAAAGUGAAGUUAUUGGGUUUUCUGAUAGUGAUUGGGCUGGGUCAGUUGAGGACAUGAAAAGCACAACUGGUUAUUGCUUUACUCUUGGUUCAGGUGUCAUUUGCUGGGGAACAAAGAAGCAAACUUCAGUUGCACAAUCAACCUCUGAAGCUGAAUAUAUUAAUGCCUCUGCUGCUGUAAAUCAAGCUAUUUGGUUGAGGAAAAUUCUUGUUGAUUUGGGUUUUCAGCAAAAUCAUCUUACUGAGAUUCUUUGUGACAACAAAUUAGCUGUAGCUAUGGUGAAAAAUCCAGUUUUCCAUGGCAAAACUAAGCAUAUCAAGAUUAGGUAUCAUGCCAUAAGGGAAGCUGAGAAAGAUGAUAAAGUUUUAUUGAAGCAUUGCAUUGGUGAUGAGCAAACAACAGAUAUUUUCACUAAGGCAUUGCAGAAACAGAGGUUUGAAUACCUCAGGAAUCAUCUUGGCGUUUACAGCAACACUAGCAUCAAGGAGGAGUGUUAAAUCCAGUUCACUAGCUUUUCUUUUUUCUUUUUAGCUAACUAAUUUUGUUUCUGGAACUGAUGUAGUGUUGCAGCAUUAAAUUUAGUUCGUUAUUUUCACAAAAAUAGCUAACUAGUUUUGCUACUGGUACUGAUGGAGUUUAACAGAGUUAAAAUUUUUUGUUUA